UAAUAUUACUUUUAUCUAACAUUAUAUAAUCAAUAUAAAGAAUAAACAUAAUUAUUUAAUUACACCAAUAAAAUAUAAUUAUAAAAACAUCGAUAAAAUACUACGAGUUACCGGAAACGCCAUUUUGUGAAAUCGAUCGAAUUACGCAGCAUAAGUUUGACAGACAUAUAUGUGUAUUAUUACAUAUAUAAGCUUCAUAAUAGAAUCAUCUAGUCAUAAAACAACAGAACUUGACAAGAAACUUGUGUUUCGUGAAAAGUGAUAAAACUGAUUUUUUGUGGAAUUACAAUAACAUUUUAUUUUGCAAUUAUAUAAUUUUAAAAAUAUAUAUAAUAAAUGCAAUGAAAAUGUUUAAAGCAUAUUUGCAAAAUAGUGAUUUUUCCAUCAAAGAAAUUCGAAAAUUUAAUUUAUAUCCUUCUAAUCUUUCGGAUAAAUUCGAAGUGCUUUGUAAUAAAAUCAAAGAGUUAUUUCCUGAACUAAAUCAUAAAAGUUUUACUAUUUCUUGGAAAGAUAAUGAUGGUGAUCAAAUUGUAAUGUCAUCUGAGGAUGAAUUAAAAAUUGCUUUUAAUGAAAUCAGAAACAAAGAAACAGAAACAAAAUAUCUUGCAAUAUAUAUCAAACCGACUAUUCAAAAGGAACAAAGAUCAAUAACCAAUCCAUAUCAAAAUGAUUUAAAUGAAAAAGUAAUUCAUUUUGGCAUAGCUUGUGAUGGUUGUGAUAAUGAUAUAAUUGGAUUUAGAUACAAAUGUAUCCAAUGUGAAGAUUAUGAUUUAUGUGCGCAAUGUGAAGCAGCAGGUGUACAUCCUUAUCAUUGUAUGAUUCGUAUGCCACAACCAUUAAAAUGGCAUCAUAGUCGAAGUUUACACCAUCAUUUAAGAAAAAUUUUCAAAAAGAAUGGUGUACAUUUCAAUAAGAAAACUUCUUCAAAUGAAAAUAAAGAAUCCCAAGGAAUUCAUUGUAAUAUUUAUCCUUGGUUCGAAACUUAUGCACCAUAUUUAAAUAAUUUUAUUGAUGCGUUAUUAGAAGCACAUAAUGUUGAACCUAAUUCUUCUAAGGUUGAAAAAAAAGAAGAAUCUAAGAAUAAUUCAAAUAUCGAUGAUAAUGAUUCUAAAAAAUUUCCUGGAGAAGGAAGAAAAUUAUUUGAUGAUACAAAAGAUGAUAAGGAAUCAGUAUCAGAUGUUGCAUCCACUACAAGUCAAGAUAGUAAUCCUCCAAAAGUAACAGCAGAUGAAUGGACUAUCAUAGAUACAAAGGAUACUACUGAAGCUAACCAUACUGCAUCAACUUCAUCUAAUAUGAAUGAAAUUAAUGAAAAAGAGAAAUCCUCUUCAAUGGCACCAUCAGCUCCAAAUGGAACCUCAAUUUAUCCUGAAUUACCAAAAGAAAAAAUAAUACAUCAUCAAAAUCCAAUAAUUAAUGAAGCCGUUGAAAAUAUGAUAAGAAUGGGAUUUUCAAAUCAAGGUGGAUUAUUAACUUAUUUAUUAGAUGCUGAAAAUGGUGAUAUUAACAAGGUUUUAGAAAUAUUGCAACCUACAAAUAAACGUUAAGUUAAUUUUAAAAUUUAAUGAAAUUUUUCAUUAUAAUAAUAACAAUAUAUAGCUCAUAUAUAGCUGAAUUUUCUUUUUUCAAAAGGCAAAGUUAGAAAUAUAUAAACAAUGUAGCAUUAUAUUAUAUAUAUAUUAAUGUGAAAUAUUUUACAUUCCGUUUCAUUUAAUGUAAUAUUCGUAUAAAUAAAAUAGCAUGCAAAAUUUUAAA